AUGUUAAUAAAAAUUUUAAAUUCAUUUGUUGUGGAUAUUUUAAUAUUUACCAUUGGUUUUACAAGUAUAUGUUUAACUUGCUUACGACUUUUGAAAGAACUAAUAAUUACUAGGAAAAAUAUUUGGAAAAUUAAAGAUCGAAAUGAUUUACAAUCAAAAUUAUACAGCAAUGACCCAAAUUAUGGUAAACAUAAAACUUUAAAAAUCGAAGAAAAUUUUUUCCAUUAUGUUGAAGCAGGCAAUGUAGAAGGACCACUUAUUUUAUUUCUUCAUGGAUUUCCUGAAGUAAACAUAGUAUUUAAUUAUAAUUAUAGAUUGAAGGACACUGGCUAUUAUUUAGUAGCAGUUGACAUGAGAGGAUAUGGAGGAAGUUAUAAACCAAUUGAACGUAGUGCAUAUGAUUCCAAAUUUUUGUUAGAUGAUAUUCAUAGUUUUAUUCAAAAAUUAUCCAAGAAUGGUAGAGCUGCGUGCGUUGUUGGUCAUGAUUGGGGUGCGGCAUUGGCAUGGCAAGCAGCAGCACAAAGUUGGGAAUGGGAUCAAUAUUCUGAUAAAUCAGGAUAUAUUGAUAGGCUGAUAAUAUUGAAUGGACCUAAUACACUGGUGUGGCAGAAUAAUGCUAAAGAAAGAUUUAAACAAGUAUUUCAUUACAACAAUUUAAAAACAUUGAUCAAUCAACCUAGACAAACAUUAAGAAAUUCAUGGGCAAUCUUAACACCGUGUAUUAGACAAUUUUGUAUGAGUAAUUAUAUAUUUAGAUUCAAGAUACCAUAUUUGCCUGAAAGAUUGUUUGUGCUUAAAGAUGUUUCGGCCUAUGAUGAAUUUUUUAAGUCCAUGAAUAACGUGUCAGCCGAAGAUAUCGAAAUGUUUAAAGCAGCAGCUUGUAUGGAAAAUUAUGCUAGUAUUAAAGGGGGAAUGAAUUAUUACCGUAGUAAUGCAAUGUUGGGAUUUUACAACGAACAGGAAAAGAGAGGAAUAAAGCAAGUCGGGUUUAUAGGAAUUCCAACAUUGGUUAUCUGGGGAGAAAAGGAUGAAUUCUUAGAAAGUGAUCUGUGUUUAGAUAAUCUUUCAAAACAUGUAUCGAAUCUUGAAACCAUUCGUAUUCCAGAUGCAGGUCAUUUUAUUCAUGAACAAAUUCCAGAACAAAUAAAUGAUCUUAUAAGAAGAUUUAUUAAUAGCAAUGGAAACCUUCAUGAUCUAAAUACAACUAAAUAA